UGGCAGGCGGAGGUGUGUGGUUUUGGUUGUAAAAUUGUGGCAUACUCUCUAUUAAAACCUGCUUUUCUUCUUAAUUUUUCAUUUUUUUUCAACAUCAAAGUAGGUUUCUUAUUAAUUUGGAAAGAAAAAUCCACUCAGAUAUUUUACUUUUUGGGAAUAUUUCAUUACAUGUAAAAGCAGUCUUGUUUUAUUUUCAUUUGUUCUUAGUCAAGCUUUGAUACCUUAAGUCUCUCUGUCUUUUUAGGUUUUGGUUUUUAUUCCUUUAUUGAUUUUAAAAAGGUUAUCAAUUAAACUUAACAAUCUGUUUUCUCUAAAUUUUCCGUUAGGGAUUUGGUGGCAUAUUGAGAUAUAGAGAAAUAAUAGAGUUGGAUUAAUGGCAAUGAGUAAUGGUGAUUGGCCCGUAGAUAUAUUGACUGAGAUUCUCUUGAAAUUGCCUGUCAAGUCUAUCCUUCGUUUCAAGUGUGUGGCAAAAACUUGGUGUGAUCUCUUUCAAAAUCCCAGCUUUGUUUCUCAGCAUCUUAGCAUUAGCAAAAAGAAUAAGCGUCUUCUUGUUUAUUAUCACGAUGAUAACAAUGAUAAUAUUGUUAUGCGCUUGUUUGUUUAUCAAACCCUUGUUUCUUACCAUGAUUUGCACCAACAAUUGCCCUCUCAUAUUGCUGAUCUCUAUGUUUUGACUUUUUGUGUGUAUAAUGGUUUAUUUUGUUUAUGUGAUCAUAAGAAUUCUCGCAUAACUCUAUGGAAUCCCGCCACAAGAGAGUUUAAAAUUCUACCUGAAUGUAAUCAAAACAUUCCACCAAAGGUAGAAACUUAUAUACAUAUUCUUGGAUUUGGAUUGGAUCCUUUGUCCAAUGAUUACAAGGUGAUUUAUAUGCGUGAUUAUUUGGAUUUGGAGAAGAAUAUGGCAGGACCAACUCACUAUGCUGUUUACAGGAUGAGCACUGAUUCAUGGAGAGUAUUGAACGAGGAAGAUGUUCAGUUCUUUCAAGACCUAUCUAUUUGUUACAGCUCCAAUAACGCAUGUGUAAAUGGUGUUUACUACUGGAAUGUGUUCAAGUUUGUCGAGCACGGCCCAAGCUUCAUUGACAAUAAGAUCCUUGCAUUUUAUUUGGGCACUGAAGUUUUUCAAUUGAUAGAGUCUCCUUGUCCUGAAUCACCUGGGAAGUUGCUUCCGUUACAUGAUGAUCUAAUCUCUCUAUGGUAUAUUGAGAUGACGGAUAGAGAUCUAAGAAGUAAUGAGGUUUGGGUGUUGAAUGAUGAUGGGCACUGGACCAAACUUUUGAAGAUUGAACCUCAUUUUGUAGUUCAAAGGACGUUUGGGUUUUGGAAGAAUGGUAAGGUAUUCUUAGAAUCUGUAAGUGGACAGUUAAUGCUUUAUGACCUUGAGACUGAAGAAUUGAGCGAGGAGCUGGGGAUUAAAGUAAGGGGAGGUGGGGAGGAUCUUCUUCGGGUUUACACUUAUGAGGAGAGUCUUGUUGCUAUCACAAGCAAAUGAGUUGGCUCCAAUGCCAAAGGGUUUAAGUUCUAGCCUUUCUUGCCAUCUAUCUACACCUUCUUUUGUUUAGAUUUAUGCAUUGUUUUCAAUUUUCUCAAAUUGUUGUAAGGACAUGUUUAUGUAUGGUUAGUAAAAGAGGAUGUUCUGAUUUAUAAGCCUUUGCUUUUGGAACUACAUUUGGUUCUUCUGUUACUCCAUUACAACAGAAUGGGUUUGUACGU